GAAAGUGUGUCCAUUCGGUUAAUAUAUAUGAAAUGUUUCAAAUUUGUCCUUCGUGAACUUUCUUUGAUCAACCGCAGAAAAAGAGAGAUUUUUUUUGCGCUUAAAUAGCAGGUUUAAAUCAUAGUAACUUAUGUUCAUAACACUUGGAGAUUAGGAACAUUCAGAUUAGUCAGUGAUGUACGAGGUUCUGGUUUUGUUAAUGUACUUGUUCCCCUUUACAACAGGGUCUUCUGGAAUAAAACUAAGAACAGCUGUAAAUUUUGAUGAAUCGCAAGAAUUUCCGGAAUUUAUAGCCAUAGUUGGAAGCAGUGCUGAACUUCUAUGUAAUGUAAGUCGGCCAGGACCCGAUGAUGCCGUGUCUCUUGUUCUCUGGUACAGGACAGAUGUGAACGCACCGAUAUACAGUGUUGACGCCAGGAACGGAAAUCUCAUGGAUGCCAAACAUUUUUCGUCAGACAUUCUUGGCAGCCGAGCUUUCUUUGAUCUCCGUAGCCAACCUGCUAUCAUGAGAAUCGAUCCCGUCGAGGAGAAGGAUGGAGGAAAGUACAGGUGUCGUGUAGACUAUCGCUGGGCAAGAACUUUGAACAGUGCAGGCACUUUAUCCGUCAUAGUGCCUCCCAAGGAAAUAUCGAUUUUCAAUGAAAAAGGAGACAUUCUGAGGAAGACCAUAGGGCCAUUUGAUGAGGGAUCCGAGCUCAAAUUGAUUUGUGAAGUAAAAGGAGGCAAGCCAAAGCCUUCGGUGACCUGGUGGAAGAAUGGUGAACUAAUCGAUGACGAUUAUACAGAAACGUCGCUAGGUGUCGUUCAUAACGUCUUGACUAUAUUCAGUCUUAAACGAGACGAUCUUUUGAGCAGGUUCAGCUGUGUUGCGAAUAACACAAACAUUACCACACCUCUUAACACCAGCGUUACUAUUGACUUAUAUUUGAAGCCGGUAGACGUGCAAAUAACGUCUUUUAAACGCCCUCUAUCGGCUGGUAAAAAGGUAAAGAUCAGUUGUGCAUCUCGUGGGUCUCAGCCCCCUGCACAACUCACCUGGUGGAAAGAUAACAUGCCAAUGUCCAACAUCAUUCAGGAGGUUUCUGUGAACCAGAGUAUCACAGUCAGUGAUCUGAUAUUAGUGCCAUCUAGAGAAGAUAACGGGAUGACUUUAACGUGCGUGUCUAACAAUCCAAAGAUUCCUCAAAGUACCAUAGAGGACAAAUGGAAAACUAUGGUCUUUUACAAACCCAAGGUUGACAUAAGCUUGGGAUUGAACCAGAAUUCUUGGACGGUAGCUGAAGACAGAGAAAUUCAUCUUCAGUGUCAAGUGGAUGCCAAUCCUUCCGUAGUCCGCAGCGGUUGGUAUUUCAAUGACCAAAUUCUUCACAACAAUGCAAUACAAGGAAUCAUCAUUCACAACCUAACGUUAAUGAUCCAGCGAGUGCAGCGCCAUCACAGCGGUCGUUACCGAUGUUUUGCUAAUAACGUUGAAGGAAGAGGCGAGAGUGAAAAUAGAGCAAUCAAAGUAGAAUUUUCUCCUAUCUGUCGUCAAGACCAGAAGAUAGCGUAUGGUGUUGCAGUUAACGAGACUGCUUACAUCACAUGUGAAGUUGAGGCUGAUCCUCCUGACGUCACUUUCCGUUGGAGUUUCAACUCUUCCCGAUUAGGCCAGGAGUUACUGACCCAUUCCUCAGAGGGCCUCAAAAGCAUGGCUUCCUUCACUGCGAAAACAAAACACGAAUAUUCAGCGCUAUACUGCUGGGGUAGAAACCGUGUUGGGAUGCAGCGGAAACCAUGCGUGUUUUCAGUGAUCUUUAUUGGCCCGCCAGAACCGUUGAAAAAUUGCACUAUCACUAACACGACGAUUGAUUCUAUCCAUUUGGAAUGCGUGGCAGGCAACGAUGGUGGUUUGCAGCAAUUUUUCUUCCUCGAAGUUUAUAACUCUCAACUGGAACGCUUAUCUGCCAAUAUUACGAGUCAUUCUAAGCCCGAGUUUCAUGUUUCUGAAUUGUCGGAAGCAUCUCGGUUCACCCUCCUUGUUUACUCAGCCAAUGGUAAAGGAAAAAGCUCCCCUGUUGCUCUUACGGCAAAAACGAAACCUAAACCUCAAGAACUGGCUGGAGCGACGCCCAGUUUGCUACUCAGCCCUCUACUUGGAAUUGUGAUAGGAACCGUAGGAUCCCUUGUUCUUGUCACUAUCAUCGUCAUAGUGAUCAUCCGGAUGAGAGGCUAUGAAGAGGGUAAAGGUGAUACUCCUGAUCAAAAGCCAGCUAGCAGUUCGAAUGAGUUAUUGAGAGACGACAUUCCAGAUUCUCGAGAACAAGAUUCGAAGGAUCCAGAUAUCAUUCCUUCCCAAGAUGACUGGAAUUGUUUACCAAGAAGAGGAGUUGACCAGAAUUGCUGCGAGAUUCUGGUUACGUCAGACCGAUGUGUGACAAGCCAUGUCGGCGUCCCUGAACAAUCUACAAGCAAUACUUCACCAACGUUGCAGAAAAAUUGCGGCUGUCAUUCAGACUACGAGAAUUGCUGUAUUGCCGAGUUUUCGCCGGGGAAAGGAGAAUCUUGUAUACACAGAAGUCCUGCUGGCUAUAACACUACACUGUCAACCUUCCAAAGACCAAGUGGUGAAGAGACAGUCGUUCUUGACUCAAACUCUCGAUGUAACUCACGUGGCCUUAAUAGUACGUGUCGAAAUAAACAGAGCAAAGAAAGAAAAUUCAUAUCUACAGCAGUAUGAAGGAGUUAGAGAACCACAGAGAAGAUUUGGUGCACGCUAGGAACAGCAAGGCUGACACACAGCGCUCAACCCAUGUUUUUCGCAGAUAGUGAAAGAAACAGAUCCUGUACAACGAAAGGACAGGAGCUGACCUUUAUCCAGUGUCAACAGCAUCGGAUAAAUAGAGUAUGUGAACAAUGACAGCUCACGGUGGCCCCGCUUGUUUUGGUGUGAUCCUCUGUUGUUCUCAAACUUUUCCUUUGUAAAAUGAUUUAACUGGAGCUGUAACUGGGACAGUAUGAUAGUUUUAAUUAUUGUGAAAUACUCUUCAAGUCCAUCAAUCUCGGAAAACACAUUUUUUUGUACUCACUGAUAUCUAUAUUCAAAUAUCUCUUUAUGUUCAUCAUCUGUACCAGAAAGUAUGUCAAACAAGAUACUUUAUGAGUUUAUGUUCAAAAACAAAAUAGUGUUUAACUCACUCCAAAAAAUAUUAUUUGAAUUCAACCCAUUAUUGUAAGUUAAGCUAAUAACAGAGCAAUUAUUCAUAUACAUAUAUCAUGUAAUCAAAAUUUUAAUUCGCUGACUUU